AGAGUUGAAUCACUCUCCCGGUUGACCAAUUGGGGGUGUUGGGGUGGGCUCGCUGGAACCUUUGCGUGAUGGGCUUCUGCGAAACUGGUCCUGAGCAAGACUGUGCCGGAAGAGCGAGGCGCUGUCGGCGAGGGGGGAGCGAGGCAGGCAGCGGGCAAAAGUGUCUCCCGGUAGACCUCGGGCUUGGGCUGAGGGUGCCACGCCGCCGCGCCUUAUGAGCGGCUGGAAGCGCCGGGAAGCCUGAGGAAGGGCGCCCGAAAGGCGGCAGCGCGAUCGACCGAGGUCCUCCUGGGCUUGAUUUUGUAUUUUUCUUUUUUCUUUUGCUGCGGGCUGGAGGGGACAGACGAGGGAAGCCCCCCUUGGUGCUACGUGAAUUACUUGAAACCACCGCCUGUGACCCUGUCUUCUGAAGCGAGCCUUACACCCGCCGCCGUACAGCGUGCUGGGAGCGCAUGAAAAGCCGGAGUUUGCCGGCGUCUGGGGGAAGGGGGCGCGAGGAAACGGCGCCGGCCGAGGUCAAGAGGUAGGCGCGGUGCGUUUCUCCCUCUCGGGGGAGGGUCACGGAUGGUCGCGGUUAUGUAAAGGGCUCAGCCGCCGGAGUGUGGAUCCCUUGCCUGGCUUGCCGAGGUACCCCACCCCGCCUGCCCCCGUGCUCCGCAGCCUGAAGGCAGCCUGCUGAUUGCAACACCCCCACCUACCCACCCACCCACCCCUCCGAGAGGGCGAGGGCGACUCCAGGCAGGCAGCGAGCAAGUUUUCGCAAUUGGGCUCUCCUCGCUCGUUCGCCGGGAACGGUGGCUGAUCGUCGCCCGCAGGAUGUCGGCAGUGGCUUACAUGGACUUCGUGGCUGCCCAGUGCCUGGUGUCCAUUUCCAACCGCGCCGUGGCACAGCAAGACGCGACCCGCGAAGCCGAGCUGCUGAAGAUGCCCGAGGAAGAGGAGGAGGAAGCAGCGACGGGAGUCGUGACCAAGGAAAUGAACGACCCCAGGGACGCCUGGAAGGAUUAUUGCACGUUGGUGACCAUUGCCAAAAGCUUGUUGGACCUGAACAAAUACAGACCCCUCCCCGCCCCCUCCAUCUGCAGCGACAGCGUGGAAAGCCCCGACGAGGAUGCGGGUUCCGAUAGCGACGUGACCACCGAGUCUGGGUCGAGCCCUUCCCACAGCCCGGCGGAGGGGCAGGAGGCUGGCGGCGGGCCCGACCCCCUCUCGCUCCUGCGCAGCGGAGUGCCGCCCAAGGGGAAACUGGCCACCGAAAAGAGACACAAAUGCCCCUACAGUGGAUGUGGCAAAGUCUAUGGCAAAUCAUCCCAUCUCAAAGCCCAUUACAGAGUGCAUACAGGUGAACGACCAUUCCCUUGCACAUGGCCAGAUUGCCUUAAAAAGUUCUCCCGCUCUGAUGAGCUAACACGGCACUACCGAACCCACACUGGUGAGAAGCAGUUUCGAUGUCCGCUUUGUGAGAAGCGGUUCAUGAGGAGCGACCACCUGACAAAGCAUGCCCGUCGCCACACCGAGUUCCAUCCUAGCAUGAUCAAGCGAUCUAAAAAGGCUAGCUCUGUCUCCUUUUGAGUGACAGACUAGAAUCAAGGGUUGGGGCAGGGGGGACAACCAUUGUUGCAAAAGGCAUAACUGAUCAGCACAAAUAUGUCCGCCACUGUACAGUAAAUUCCCCCUACUUGCAUUUUUAAAGCACAUGUAGCUGGAAGUUUAACAUUUUGUCCAGUCCACCCUGCUAUGCUACAAACAACAGUCUUAAACCAGUGGCUGCUGGGUGGGAGUGGGGAGGGGGGCAAUGUGGGGAUCAGCAGAAGUAAUGCAACUUUUUUGUAGUUUAAAGAAUCAACACUGGUGUAUAUAUGUCUGACUGGGUGGUUUGACCUGUGACACCACAGUAGUGAUUCCAAGCUCUUUGUGAUUGCUGUGUCAUGGACAUGUUUUGUUGACUAAUGUAAUGCUGCUUGUAUUUAAAACAAACAAAAACAACAAAAAAAGUUUAGUAAAACCACUUUCCAACUCACUCAGAUAUUUCUCAAUUAAAACUCCAUAGCACAUUUUUAGAAGACGAUUCACUUCUCUCAAUGACCCAUCCUGUUCAAGACUGUUAAGAAAAAAAUCAUUACAUCCGUUGUUCAUAUUUGCUGAUUGAUAUUUUAAGAAAGAAAAAGAAGCUGACAUUUAUACUGAAGAGGACCUGUUCAGUACACAAUCCAGUUUUUUUCUCUCUUUUGAAUAUAAGCUGUUCUUUUCCCCACUGAAAACAUGCUAUCAGUCCAAUUCAAUACGCAAAAAGGGGAAGAAACAAAGAAAUCAGCUCAGAUUACUUCCGAUGUCACAUUUAUUUUGGCUCCCUUAUUCCGUUGCCAUUUACAAAACAAGAACACCACCACAAGUCAUUCUGAAGAAUGUGGCAGGAGCUGGAGACGAGGUUCUCCCCCACGCACACACACACACUUGCAUCUGAAAACCAUGUACUGUACUGUAUUAUAUAAAUACCACUAACAGUGCUUUAUUCUGCUGUAUUUCGUUGGAAUGAAUGCAUAACAGCAGCAACCAUCUUUAUAAGCUACCACUUUUGUAAAGGUUUUUUUUCCUGACAAUGACCUCUCUCAAAGGUGCAUCCUCUACAUCCACUUGCCAGAUUCCUGUGACAGCCAAUGGGAACUGUGUGUGUUUAUGGAAGCUUUUCUCCCUACAAUCCAAUCUCUCUGCUAAUUGAGACAACUAAAACUGGUUUUUAAAAAGUACUUUUCAAGAGACUUCUGCUUUUUUUCAUAACUCGCAGCUGUUGUACCGAGUAUGGGGAAAAACAACAACAACACAACCACAAAAAUGAGGUCAUGAAAAUCUAAUAUGCAGGAGGUGUGUCUAAAUAUGUGUUGUGGCAUGCCACUAUGUACCUUGCUAUCUUUACCCCAUGUGUCAGGCUUGAAGUAUUCGAUGAUAUGGCAAUAUUUCAUCUCUGGAAAAGCAAAAGGUUGCUCUUUAAAAGACGAGCCAAGGUGUCAUUGGAAGAAACCUCUUACAUCUAGCCAAGUAGUCAUCUUUGUUAAUGUUAGAAGCAUGAACCUUACAAAGGUUGUUAUCAUGGACUUUCCCUCCCCCAUCUCUUGUAAUGGUGGAGAACUAUGUUUACAGACUUCCCCCCUCAGAAUCAUUCUACUGGUCUGCUAUUUUUUACUCCUCCUUCACAGAGAAGGCAGGAGAGGUGCAAAUGUCCUAUUGAAGGCUAAAUUCAUCCAUGAGGUAAUCACAUUGCAGCCAGUGGGGUUAUAACAGGAUCAAUUUAACCCAUCUUUGUAAAGAAUCUGUACAUACAAAUCUUGUGAAGUACUACAGUAUCUUCUCGUUUCACCUGAUGAAAAGCUUGCUUCCUAGAAAAAAAAUCCAACAUCUCAGAGAGUAGAGUAUUCUACAAUCGUCCGUGGCUUCCAGCACUAGAACUCAGUAUGCAUCUAGCAUUUUUACUUGUGUGGUUCAUUAUAAAAUCUGUCUAUGCGAAGAGAAUGGCUUCUAAAUAAAGGUGUUAGGGGCACUGAACAAUCUAUGGGAUUUCAAAAACAAAAAGGGAUGAGUUUUCUUCAGUGAAGACAUGUCAGGAAACCAAGCACACUUUCUACCUCCGUUUCAGCUUUUUGAAACGUUUGUUUUAUGAUAAACCAAAAUUAAUUUCUGGUGUCCAAAAUAAAUUGUAGGGACGUUUGUUCUUCCUUAUACAAAUAAGUAGCCUGGCUAUUUCUAUUGCUCUAGUGUAAUAAGUAUUCUGCUUUACCAGUACUGUUAAUGCUGCCUUGUUUGAUUAGGGGUCAGGACCGUGGGGUAGGCCAGCAACUCACAACAUAGUAUUGAUACAACUGUCCUCCCCUUCUAUACAAGACCAGUUUUUAAGAUCAUAAAUUCUAACGCGAGUCCUACAAACCCAACAGUUGCUCAAACUUUUACUGUUGCUCUGAUGUAGGACAAGUGCAGUAUUAGCUACGUAGAGCCUGAAUGCUGAAUGCUGUUAUUUCACCUUAAAUACAACACAAAUCACAGGCACUUGCCACCGCCAUGACAAAUAAUCAGGACACACAGGCACAAGAUGCAAAGAUGUGGUAGGAUAGUGGUUAGGGUAUUUGCCUACUUCCAUAAUGGGUGUGGGAUCAUGUUUUACUGGAUGUCACAGGCAAAUUAUAAUGUGAUUCCUUCCAUUGAGAAGUCCAAGAUGUGCAGGCACCCUGCUAGCGUCAUUGCUCCUUUGCAUAAUGUGGGAUGUAGAAAUGGGGAUGCCUUAACCAUGCCACCAAACAGCUUGGAAUAAUACUUUGCUGUGCCCUAAAGUGCAUUUCUGCACACAGCUUAGGCAUCCAAGCUUGAAUGUUGUAAGCAGAGUAUAUUUUAAAACAAAAACCAGUGAAUUGUUCCUGCAUUCUCAUGUGCAAAACUUACCAUAGGUAAUGCAUAUAUCUUUAUUUAGGUUUAUCUUUAGGGACUAUUCCAUUUAUAAAAUUUUCCCCAAACAGCAAUCAACAUUAGAGUUUGCAAUACUUGGACAUUAUAGAGAGGGGCACACGCCCACCUUGCUUGGGGUGGUUGUCUUCUUAGUGCGGUUGCUUUGUUAAGGCUAAAUUGGUGGUGUGCCUUGGAGAUGAAAAAUUUUGUAUGAGACUGCUAAUCUCGUUAAUAUUGUGUGCUCAACAGCACCAUACAACAAUGUUAAAUCUAUUAGAAAACCCAUUCAUUACAAGCAACCAUGGUGGCUAUAUGUGGCAGGGGAGAGCAGCUACUGGGACACCACAAGCGGGGUGAUUGUGCGCACCAGGCCUUGGGCCUCAGAUUAACAGAGAUUGCUCUCUCCACUACUUUAAUAGGUAUGGGUGUGCAUAACCAGAUCUCUAUGUUUGCAAUGGCAACCAUCAUGAGGCUGGGAUGCCUGAAUGUCACUUCACUACGAAGUGGCACUGGGGAGGGGGUCCAGGGGUGAUGCUAUGGAUGAGGGAUACAUAAUCCUUUCCAAGUCCAUUGCUUCCUGCCUGAACCUAUCUUUGGACAGAGUCAAGAGGAAGGAAAGCAGUUGGGGUAUGCUAUAGGGGGGAAAGUGGGCAGGGACAAAUUAGUCACUGCUACACCUCCUCCUUUGCAAAUUCUCCCCAGCUCCACAGUGACAUUGGUUUGCAGCCCCAUUUAUUAAAAAGUAUGUACAUAGGCUCAAAUAUGUAUGUGAAAAUGUUAUAUGGAAAGGGUAUCUUAGCUACCUGUGCCCCAGAAAAUAUGCAUUUAGGCGGAACGUUCAGGAGGUCAUGAAAUAGAAGCCUGUUUAUUUGGCUGUGAGCCUCAACAAACUUACUUGAAAGUAAGUUUCAUUGAAAUGAAUGGAACUUGUUUCCAAAUAAAUACAAUUAGUAUUGGGAUAUAUAUCAUGCUUCUUAGGAGUCUUCCAAAAGUAAGCUACCCAGUUUUUUAACCACUAACAAAAAAAAUGUGGAAAAGUUUGUUGCUUUUGGAGUAAAAGAUAGUAGUGAAUUUCAUGUGCAAACUUACAAUGUAGUAAAAUCAGCUGCAUUUUUAACAAAAGGGAAUUUGGAAGGAGACAAUUUCAAGUGUUGAGAAGAAAACCAAGUUAUCUGAGAACCUAUUUGCCACGUUACUCUGAAAAAUUCUUUAGAGUGCUGACGUUAAGACGGCUCCUCUCCUCAAUUCAGAAAGACCUUCCUGGAGAAGCCAUGGCUUUAAACUACAGCUAUACAAACAACAUCUUUUGUGAACAAUUUUGAUGACUUCUAUACAGGUCUCUUUUCCAUUUGCCGAUGGACUUAGCCCAGUAUGCACCAGAUCGGACAUACUCUUCAAAUGCUGUUUUACUACAGAUUAACCAUCUGUAACACUGUAAAAUACCAACCUUUACAAGUUUGAUCCAUUUUAUUUUUGUACAGUAUUCGUAUUCUUUCUAAGUUAUUUUGCUGUCCUGUUUUGUAAAUCACAUGAAAUUGUAAAAAAAACAAAAAAGUAGGCAUAGGUGUUUUUUGUACAUAUGUAUAUAAAUUGUCCAAAUAAAAAAAUAAAAAGAAACUUGUUGCUUGGGA